CAUACAAAGGCCAAGCCGUAAGCCAUGCGGCGGGAAGAUUUAGUCCGCCAAUCUUCGAUUCCUACUCUUUAGACAUCAUUCUUUCUAUAUCUAAUUCUGGUCUUUUCCUUUCGUUGUCGCAUUCAAUAGCGACUAUACUUCUCUCCACUAUGCGUUCCGUCGCUCGAACGACGCUCCUGGCCUCACUGGCCUUCGCCCUUCAGUUUAUUGUCGUUGAAGCCGCCACAGACCGACCAAAAGGCGACUUUAGAAAAUGCCUCGAAAUCAGCUCUAAAUGUCCCGUCGAGGCAACCCUCUAUGGAUACUACCCUAAACUAGGUGCCAACGCCUUCUUUACGGCCUUGUUCGGAAUCUGCUUCAUCGCAACCAUCGCCAUUGGUAUCCGGACCAAAACAUGGACCUACACUCUCGCACUCGGUAUCGGCACCUUUCUUGAAGCAGCGGGAUACAUAGGUCGCGUCAUUAUGAACGGCAACCCGUGGAGCGAGUCCGGUUUCAAACUCCAGAUCUGCUGCCUGGUCCUUGGGCCGAGUUUCGUCGCUGCUGCCAUCUACCUUACGCUGAAGCACUUCGUCUUAUACUGCGGGCCUCAACAUUCGCUGAUCAGAGCGCGCCUGUAUCCUUGGAUCUUCAUCGGUUGCGAUUUUGGCUCCAUCGUUCUGCAAGCUUGUGGAGGAGGCAUGGCAGCUGCAGGCGGCACCAACAACAAGAAGCUCAUCGACGCCGGCAACAAUCUAAUCGUAGCCGGUAUUGCUUUCCAGGUCGUCACAAUGGCCGUUUGUGGCUCUCUUGUCCUCGUGUACAUCAUACGAUAUCGCAAAGCCCGCUCAAUGCGCGCUGAGCUGAGCGAAAAGAGUAGCUACGAACUCGACAAGGAGCAAGGCGAUGUCAGGCUUGGAAAGGUCAAGCUUUUUGGGGCGAUGAUUGUGUUGGCUUAUACAACGGUGCUGAUCCGUUGUAUAUACCGUCUGCCAGAGAUGGCUGGUGGUUGGGGCAAUGCGCUGAUGCGAAACGAGACGGAAUUCCUUUUACUGGAUGGAAUGAUGCUCGGCAUCGCAUGCGUUGUGCUGACCUUUUUUCAUCCCGCAUACUUCUUUCCUCCUUUUGCAGCUUUCCGACAACGCAAGUAGAGUAGCCACUCGGGCAUAUCAGCAUAGACGGCACGUUUUAGAUGAAACGAUCUCGUUAUAUUGAGCGUUUUAGAUAGCAUGGUCUCGGUCAUCUCGCAUUAUCAACAGCGACAUGACUAAUUUAGAUGUAAAUAACCACUCAUCAUACGGGAUUUAAGUCCUUUUGUUUUUUGUACGGCUAGAGACCACUUCCAAAGCCCAAUAGCUCUCCCGAUAUCUCUCAAAUACACAUUGGUACCUACUCGCUGCUAAACAUUAGUUGAGUAGCAUUCAAGG